AAUUCAUUCCAACACCCUCUGUACCACUAAUAUCAUAUCAUGGCACCAUCCUUCCUCAUCCUCCUACUACUUCAAUCUCUCCAUGCCUGUACUUAUUCCCAAAGAGUGAAUCAAACCGACUCUCUUCUAAAAUGGAAAACCAGUCUCCACUACAAAAGCCAAACCUCACUCUCUUCUUGGGUUGGGGACAAUCCUUGUAGUUGGGUUGGAAUCACCUGUGACAAGGCUGGAAGCAUCACCGAUCUAAACCUUUCAAGUAAUGGUUUAAAAGGUACACUUCACAGUCUCAACUUUCUUGCCUUUCCUACUUUGAUGGAGCUUCGACUUUCUGAUAAUUCAUUGUAUGGGACAAUUCCCUCAAGUAUAGGUAGGCUGUCCCAACUAAGAGUUCUUUACUUGGAUUUCAAUGAUUUCUCAGGAAAUAUUCCAUCAGAGAUAGGAUUGUUAACGAGUCUCAGUUUGCUUUCUCUUUAUGGAAAUCAGUUAAAUGGAGCCAUUCCUAAAGAAAUAGGAAUCCUUGAGUCUCUCAAAAAUGUUGAUUUAUCAAAUAACAGUCUCUCGGGUUCAAUUCCUACUUCUAUAGGAAAUUUGAAAAAUUUGUCUAUCCUCUAUCUUUGGAAAAACAAUCUUUCUGGUUCAAUACCUCAAGAAUUAGGAAUGCUUAGGUCUCUUAGUGAACUUGAUUUAUCAAGGAACAAUCUUUCAGGACCAAUUCCUACUUCUAUAGGAAAUUUGAAAAAUUUGUCUAUCCUUUAUCUUUGGAAAAACAAGCUUUCUGGCUCAAUACCUCAAGAAGUAGGAAUGCUUAGGUCUCUUAGUGAACUUAGUUUAACAGGUAACAAUCUUUCAGGUCCAAUUCCUACUUCUAUAGGAAAUUUAAAAAAUUUGUCUGGCCUUUUUCUUUGGAAAAACAAUCUUUUUGGCUCAAUACCUCAAGAAGUAGGAAUGCUUGGGUCUCUUAGUGUACUUACUUUAGCAAUUAACAAUCUUUCAGGUCCAAUUCCUACUUCUAUAGGAAAUUUGAAAAAUUUGUUUAUCCUCUAUCUUUACGAAAACAAGCUUUCAGGCUCAAUACCUCAAGAAGUAGGAAUGCUUAUAUCUCUUAGAGAACUUGAAUUAUCAAGUAACAAUCUUUCAGGUCCAAUUCCUACUUCUAUAGGAAAUUUGAAAAAUUUGUCUAUCCUCUAUCUUGACGAAAACAAGCUUUCAGGCUCAAUACCUCAAGAAGUAGGAAUGCUUGUGUCUCUUAGUGAACUUGAUUUAUCAAGUAACAAUUUUUCAGGUCCAAUUCCUACUUCUAUAGGAAAUUUGAAAAAUUUGUCUAUCCUCUAUCUUGACGAAAACAAGCUUUCAGGCUCAAUACCUCAAGAAGUAGGAAUGCUUGUGUCUCUUAGUGAACUUGAUUUAUCAAGUAACAAUUUUUCAGGUCCAAUUCCUACUUCUAUAGGAAAUUUGAAAAAUUUGUCUAUCCUCUAUCUUUAUGAAAACAAGCUUUCUGGCUCAAUACCUCAAGAAGUAGGAAUGCUUGUGUCUCUUAGUGAACUUUAUUUAUCAAGUAACAAUCUUUCAGGUCCAAUUCCUACUUCUAUAGGAAAUUUGAAAAAUUUGUCUAUCCUUCAACUUUUCCAUAACAGUCUUUCAGGUUCAAUUCCUACUUCUAUAGGUGAUAACAAACUCAGUGGGCAUAUACCAGAGAAAUUGUGCCUUGGGGGACUUCUCCAAAACUUUUCAAUAGCAAACAACCAUUUGACAGGUCCAAUUCCAAGGAGUAUGAGAAAUUGCACUAAUUUAGUUAGACUUCGACUUGAUGGAAACCAACUUACAGGCAACAUUAGUGAACAAUUUGCAGUUUACCCCAACUUGAAUUUCAUUGAUUUAAGCCAUAACAAUCUGUAUGGUGAGCUUUCUCCUAAGUGGGGGCAAUGCCAUAAUUUAACAAGCUUCCAAAUCUCUCACAACAAAAUAACUGGAAGGAUACCUGUUGAGCUAGCGCAAGCUACUCGGUUACAACGACUCAAUCUUUCUUCAAAUCAUUUCACUGAAACCUGUCAUCUUUGGAACAACUUAACUUGGCAGAAAAUGAUAUCAGUGGACAAAUUCCUACAACAAUUGGGGAGUGCUCGAAGUUAUGGGACUUGAACUUGAGCAAUAAUAUGAUUGGGGAAAAUAUUCCGUCUGAAAUAAGCACAAUAAAAAAUAUCAGAUAUCUUGAUUUGAGCCAGAACUUGCUCACAAGAGAGAUUCCCUUUGAGCUUGGGGAACUACAAUAUUUAGAAGUUUUGAAUCUUUCUCACAACAAUCUCUUUGGUCGAAUUCCAGAUACUUUCGACAAUUUGCAGAGCUUAACAAAUGUUGACAUAUCCUACAAUCAGUUGGAAGGUCCAAUUCCCCACCUUAAAGCCUUCAACAACGCUCCCCUUGGUGCUUUCAUAAACAACAAAGGCCUAUGCGGUAAUGCCUCAGGCCUAAUGCCUUGCAAUCGCAAGACCAAAAAAGAACACUUUCGU